GUGCUGAACAAAAGUGAUUAAGUCAGCUUUUAUAUUUUAACAGUGUGAAUUGUACUAAUUUUUACAGUUAAUCGUAAACUUUCUAAAUAUUUUUUACUAUGUUUGUUUUAAAAUAUAUUUUAAUUUAGUGUUAAUCAAAUAAAAAGAAAAUGCCAGCAUCAAUUGGUGUAAAUUUACGUGUAACAGGCCAUUGUAGUCAAGGAGGACGAAAAUAUAUGGAAGAUUUUUUUUCUGUUGCCUACCAACAAACUGAAGAUGAAAAAGAUUUGGAAUAUGCAUUUUUUGGAAUAUAUGAUGGUCAUGGAGGUGGCGAGGCAGCUACAUAUGCAAAAGAACAUCUUAUGGAAUCAAUUGUAAGGCAAAAAAGUUUUUGGUCAGAUAAAGAUGAAGAUGUUUUACGAGCAAUUAAAGAAGGUUAUAUAGCCACCCAUUAUGCGAUGUGGAAAGAACAAGCUAAUUGGCCUAAAACUGCAUCUGGUUUACCAAGUACAGCUGGUACCACGGCAACCAUCGCUUUUAUUAGACAUGCUAAAAUAUAUAUUGGACAUGUUGGGGAUUCUGGUGUUAUUCUCGGAUAUCAAGAACCAGGUGAUCCCAACUGGAAAUCGAAACAAUUAACGAAAGAUCAUAAACCUGAAAACGCUGCUGAAAUGUACCGCAUUCAGCAAUGUGGAGGAAAAGUCGUCACUAAAUCUGGUGUGCCCCGUGUAGUUUGGAAUCGACCUAGAAUUGGGCAUAAAGGUCCAGUACGCCGUUCAACACCCAUUGACGAGAUACCAUUUUUAGCGGUGGCACGAAGUCUUGGUGACUUAUGGUCUUACAAUUCGGCCUGUGAUCAAUUUGUUGUUAGCCCAGAUCCUGAUACUUGUGUAAUAGCAAUUGACACGAACACAUUUCGUUGUCUUAUUUUUGGUACUGAUGGAUUAUGGAACAUGAUGUCACCAGAAACUGCUGUCCAAAUUGUACAAACAACUGAAAAACAUAACGAAUGCAUUGUAUUCUCGUCAAAUAAUAAGCAAAAAAUAUGGAUAAAUCCUUCAAAAAGUCUCGUUGAACAUUCAUUAGAACGAUGGUCAACUACACGAAUGCGUGCCGAUAAUACUACCGCUGUUACAUUAUUGUUAGAUCCACCAGGACCACCUAGAGCUGAAGUCUUGAAGAAUCAACGCAAAGAAUCAAUGGAAGCGACUACUUUAAAUAAUAACCCCAUUGACACACAUGACAAUUCUGACAAUGUUGACAAUAAGACAUAUCCUACAAAUGGUUUGGCAAUUGUAACGAGGUAUCCAAUAAAUCCGUAUUUAGCACCUCCGUCACCUCUAGAACGAAGUCCAAAUCAAACUGGUGAUGCACAAUUUUUAAACUCAAAUAUAAAACAUUCAACGCCAAUUUCAAGCCCAUGCCCGACCAAUCAUGCUGUUAAUGGGGCUGUCAAUCCUAAUCAAUCGGUAAUCGAAACGACUCCUACAUCUAGUGAUAUUCAACCCAAAACAGACAAAGAAUCGAAACCGAAUAUGGAAAGUGUACCUGAUAAAAAUAACACACCAAGUACUAGUAGUAAUAAAGAACAUACCGAAAAUAUUCAAAUCAAUGAAGUAUCGUCAAGUUCCCCAGAAAUAUUGGAUACUUCCGAGGAAAAGUCAAUUGAUAAUAUUAAAGAACGUUACCAAAAAUUAAAUAAAUUGAUAAAAUCCAAAUCAAAUUUUGUUCUAAGUGGAAGAUGUACAAGAUCACAUGAUUUGGGUUUAGAUAAACGUGUCCGAGCCGUUUCAAGUUCCAGUGAUUAUUUUAAUCAGACUGGCAGUGAAAAUCGACGAAAAUUACGAAUAUUUAGAAAGCAUCAUUUACGUGAUUCACUUCGUCGAAAUACUCGUGCAAUGGUCAAAAGUAUCAGUGAUGAUUCUUCGACGGUAAAAGUAAAAAAUAAGUUUGUAAUCAAUGAACGAUGUACGCGAAGGCGAACGAUACCCAUUAAUGAUCCAGAUCAAAAACCAGAUAAGAAAAGUGAUCAUUGUAUACCAAAAGAAUCGGAACCAAGUUCAUACUCUUCGUUAUAUUUACUGUCAUCACGAAAAACACGAAGUAAUCAGGAUCAUAAUGAUAUCGAAAUAAGCGAUCAAGAAAAUAAGUCGUUACAAAGGUUAUCUCGAGGAAAAUCAUUUAUACACAGUGUAGAUAAAUCACCAAGAUUGUUGCGUACACGAUUAGGAGAUGUCAAAAAACCAAUGGAAACACGAGCGUCAUGUUCGUUAACGCGUAACUUACGCGAACGUAACGUGAUUACAGUUGCAAAUUCACAAUCAAACGUGAGUAGCUCGAAAUCGAAGGAUGUGGUUGUUGUAACUGUUAAAAAUCGUUCGAAAAACUACACAAAGAAACGUAUGAUUCCUACCAAAAAUACAAAAGUACAAACUCGUAAUAAUCGUUUUAAAAAGUGUAAUAAAUAAAUAUAAAAAGAA